CGAAGCGACCGCGACCGGGCGUCCCGCGGCUCGCUCCUCCACCCUCCAUCCCUCUCUUACAAAUCUGUGAUAGCGUCUGUGGGAAAGGAACGGUGGAAAAACUAGAGUUAUCGGGCCGUAGACAUGACGCUACAAUCAAUGAUGUGACCAGGAACUGACGCGGCCACAAUGUGCUCUUGGUGGGUCUCCACCUUCACCAUACUCCUUGCCAUGGGCGGCGAGGCGCAGGAGCACGGGCCAGUGUUCCUGAUGGAGCCGCCGCCGCGCCUCGUGUUCUCCAACAGCACGGGCGCGCGCGUGUCGUGCGCGGCGCACGGCUUCCCCACGCCGCAGCUCGCCUGGCAGCUGCCUGACGGGACGCAGCUGGAUGACGUCCCUGGACUUAGACAAGUGCUCGACAAUGGCACGCUGUCGUUCCUGCCCUUCGCCGCGGCACAGUACCGACAGGACGUCCACAGCACGGUGUACCGGUGCCGCGCACACAACACGCACGGCGCCAUCGUGUCGCGGGACAUGCGCACACUUGCAGGUCAGCUCAUUGCCUUGUACACAGACAAUUAGUGCUCAACAACGGCACGCUGUCGUUCCUGCCCUUCGCCGCGGCACAGUACCGACAGGACGUCCACAGCACGGUGUACCGGUGCCGCGCACACAACACGCACGGCGCCAUCGUGUCGCGGGACAUGCGCACAC